AUAAUUAUUGCAUCUUAAUUAAAGUUUUUUUCAGUUUUUAGCCUACUUUAUGUUUUUAAAUAAUUAUACACAAUGGCUACAAGUUCUGCUCUGCUGGUGAUCUUUGUUGUCUGUAUCUGUAUAGUAUCUGCGCAGAUUCCAGUGCCCUCGUCCAUAGGUCCUGCAGUUACCCUACCAACUACCACCUCCUCUGUGGAAAGCUAUGGUGAUGUGUUAAUGUUCCCACAAGACCCCACCCCAACGAAGUACUUCAGUAACAAACUAGACUUUGUCAGCAUCAAUGGAAGCCUCCUCGUCGGAGCUGCGGACACACUUUAUCUGCUGGAUAAUGAUCUGAAUGUAUUGGACACUCUCACUUGGAUUAACCCCUCUCAGCCUGGCACCUGUGACUUUGACAACGCGGAGUAUAUUUGUCGGAACCACAUUCGUGUGUAUGAGAGUAUUCCAGGUGGUGUGGGCGGUGUGCCCGCUCUGCUCGUGUGUGGGACCAUACCCAGCUCCAACUCGUUCCUCACCCGGUCCAUCUCCGCCCAGUGUCGGACCGUGACCAUUGUUAACUCCCGGUUUGGUAAAGUUAGCAAUGUGUCUGAUGAUGUUGAAGGUCUCAUUACUGUUCAUCCAGAUUUGCCAGGGUUUGGAGAAUUCAGAAGAAGUUCUGAAAAUGACACUACUUAUUUAUCGGCCAGCUUCACAACCCCAAACAUUCGCGACUAUGAUCUUGCUUAUCUAGACGUCACGGUGAACUCUAGCACUGCCGUGCCGUCUGCAGUGAGGGACUAUGGGUACUUAACAUUCCGCAACUUUUGGCUAUAUUUCCCAGUGGUAUUUGUAGACUACAAACGUGAGAACUACCCUCGUCCCCCGGGCAGUACAAAUGAUGCUGCCUUUCAGUUUUACUAUGUGUUUCUACGAGAAAACUUCCAGAUUGACAACAGGGAAGUGCUCUAUAGCAGAGUCAUCAGAAUAUGCCGGAAUGAUCCCGGAGUGACGUCUACCUCUCAAAAUCGAGAGCAGAUAUUUAGUACCUACCUUAAGUCUCGUAUAUACUGUCUUAGAGAGAUGCCCACCGGCACUGAGUUUAUAGGUGCUCAAGAUUUCCAGUACAACGAAAUGUGGAGCCUCAGCUUCAACAAGGACGAGGGCGGCCGUUACUACUCAGAUGGACAGUACAACAAGUACCUAUACGCCGCUUUCUCCGGACCACUUGUUGGCCCCACUGGCACAGCCGUGUGUGUGUACCCCGCCUUCCCAGCCCAUCCCACCGGACAGAACACCCUCAACGAUGGGAUAUUCGAUAUCUUCCAGGGGGACCUUGUCAUCACAACCCCCUCACAAGGCGGCAACACUGAACGCCAGAACACACUGGUGGAGUGUUUUCCCCAGGGCCGCAACGUUUCAGGGGACGCAGAGGAUAUACUGCUCGUCAAGGACAUUGAACAACUGGGGGAUGACCCUUUAAUUGUCCUGGAUGGACUUCACGUGACUCAGCUGUUGGUUGAUGAAGUGUGUGUGGUGACAAAGACUGACCCCACCUCCUGUCGUAACCAAGAUGUCCUAUUCCUCGGAACUGACAAUGGAAUGGUUUAUAAGGUGAUUAUGGCCACGGUAACCUCGGGGCUGACUGGAAAAGUGGAACCAGUUAUUGUGGAUAAAAUACAGCUUGGUGACUCCUUGAGUGUUGAUGAGAUGCAGUUAAAGCGUGUUGAUAAUGGAGACAAGCAGUUGUUUGUGACCACCGCUAGUCGAGUGUACCGUCUACCACUAGAGAACUGCAACAGACACGGAGCCAAUUUCAGCGCUUGCAUUGGUUCCCGUGAUCCUUACUGUGUGUGGGACAGUGUGACUGUGAGUUGUGUGAAGAGUACUCUAACGGCAGUCGACAAUGCAGUUGGAUCAGUGCCAUCAGCGUGGAGACAAAACAUCCACACUGGCCAGGACACUGUUCCUGUGGUGUGGUUCGCUCAAACCCAGCUAGUGGUGGGAGAGGGUGAUGGGCCUCUGUCUGUGGUCAUCAUGUCAGACAUUAGGGUCUCGGACAAUGUACUGGAGCUCAUCAUUGAAGACGGAACAGCUACAGCUGGACUGGACUUUGUUGUACCCUCAACUAUCGUCAACUUUCCAUCCAACCAGAAUCUGACCACCGUAACCAUAACGAUCAUCCCACGUGCCAUGUCUACUGGUAACCUUCAGUUUAGUCUUCGAAUGCGUAGCAGUGGAUCCGGAGCCUUGGAGUUUAGGAACCGUUCUGUCAUAAUAACUAUUGUGGAUGAGCAGGCCGUCCUGUUCCAGUUGACCAUUGGAGGACUGGGCACUCGGACCUGUCAGCAAUGGAUUCAAUUUGAGCCGUCCAAUAAAAUUGCAGCAAUCACAGCGGACCUACUGGACGCCUUCAUCCCAUCGGCAAAACCGGAGGAUUACGAAGACACUUUCGUGCAAUCUUCUUUCACUUGUGCCGACAAACUCUCAACAGAUUACAAAGAAUUUGCAAUUUUCAGAUCAUUGAUUGACGUUUCUAAACUUAACACCAAUAGAACUGAGGUAUUGAGCUCUCUCGAUAACUGGGUUAGAAAGCAACCAACCGUAACUUACGGAGAAUCUACACUCACUGUUCUAACUGAUUCGAAUUGUGACACUGUAUUGAACUCACUUGACCAGCCACUAUGUGCUUACGAUGGGAUUACAGUCGGGGACCCUGCAGGUGUGUUGUCACCCAACACUGGAGCCGAGACUACUACUGUACUGGGAGGGGUAUUGGGUGUUGCUUUUGCAGUGAUGAUUGGGUUGGGUUUGGUUAUAGCCGUGCUGGUCGGUGUGAUGCUUGUGAGUAGGAGAGCAAGGCAACGCAAGUCCAAUGACGUUACUGAUGGUCCCUCUCCUAAAAAGCAGAACAAUGCUUCUAAUCCCAAUGGACCACCGUCAGCUCUGCCGCUUAUCCCCGAAGAGAACCCAUUCAACUUUAAUAUACCUAAUCAAUCCAAUGGGGACACGGAUCAUGAAGUAGUAGCAAAGCUGUGAUGUUAUAAUAAUAGUUAUGUAGCUUUUAUUUUUAUAAAAGUUUUAACUGUCACCACAGCUACGUACAUGUAGCUUGUCUCACAUUUUGCACUUAUAACCCCCCUG